AGCAAACUAGCUGCAUGAGUGAAAGAGCUCAUAGCAUUGGUGAAUGCAAUUCAAUGAUUCAAGUGUCCUUUUCCGCAACCUCAGCUCCCAAAAUAUUCAUUUGAACGAUAUCUGAGCAUUCCAGUGUUGUCACAACUCUUUCGUCAAUCCAGUGAGCAAUGAGAGCGAACAUCCUGAGACAUACGAGAAAGCUUGUGUAGAGUCGUCCAAAGACAUCCUAACUCUGAUCUCUGUCAGGAGAAAGUUGUUGUUUUGCUGUUGAUUUGUUGUGAGAUUGCCAAGAGUUUGCAGUCCUUGUCCCACAGUCAAAGGCCAGCAAAAGUAGAUAUAUUCCUCAAGGUGAUGUGCACUUGAUUCCUCCUGGACAGCAAGUCCUCCUCUCCAGCAAUUUCUCCCUUCCGGUGGAUAGUGAAAUGAAUCAGGAUACACAGUGAAAUGAUUGUCUUUUGUUGAGAUAACAACCGGUGAAGUGAUCAUGGGAUUCCAGUGGUUGGGGAGCGUCUGGUGGAGGAUGUUGGGUGUCCUUCUGCCGUAUAAGAUGACUCCAUCGAAUCGCACAAUAAAAGCCUUGUUUAUAGUUAUCUUGUGCUUGAGCACAUGUCUGGGUCAAGUCGGACAAGGCGCUCAGAGACGGAAACAAAAGCCCAGAACCCGGAUUCCGGCAGAGGAUAAGAUCCCCAAUGCUCAAAUUGAAAACUGGGCUCUGAGCUUUGGUAGCGUUUUGUGGGAAACAGCUAGAGCUGCUACUCGAUUUGAUGCCAUUCAAAAGAAAUUCCAUAGCGAAGGAGCCAAAACUGUUCAAGUUGAUGGUUUCGCAAUGGUAAAGGAAAUGUCUAUGAACGUUGAGACCAUGAUGCAACACAAGAUUGAUGCUAUCAAGAGAAUCAUGGAAUAUGCCGAAAAUUUGGCCUUGGAUCACAAAUACGAAAAAGACUUAGGCACUUAUCUCAAAAAGCCUCCUCGAAUGGGCGGGUUCCAUUACUUUAAUGCCAAGAAGAUCAACGUGAUUGACGAGGACGACGAGGAUCAAAUUGAUGAUUGGGACAAAUAUCUCUCCGCUACUGAUCGACUUGAAGACGACGAUCGCUUCAGAGUUGGAUAUUCCAGAGUCAUGCUGGAAGAGAAUAAACACUUCUCUGGCAUUCCCGUCAAUACCAACAUGAGCUCUGUCCAUGUUCCUACCAAUGUUUUUGAUGGAGACCCAAAAGUGGUUAAUGCCAUCAAAUGGUCAAGAGGCUUGGACCGAGUAUUUGUGGACAACUAUAAUCGGGAUCCGUCCUUGUCUUGGCAGUAUUUUGGUAGUUCAACCGGUUUCAUGCGUCAAUAUCCUGCUAUGAAAUGGCUUACUUCUGAUCAUGACCCAGAUCUCUAUGAUGCCCGCAUGCGGGAUUGGUACAUCAAAUCCGCCGCAUCCCCCAAAGAGAUUGUUAUCCUAUUGGACACAUCUGGAUCCAUGACUGGUUUGAGAAGAGAGAUCGCCAAACACGUGGUUUUAAACAUCCUGGACACUCUUUCUGAAGACGAUUUUGUGGCCAUUUACAAGUUCUCCAAGUACCCAACGCCAUUAGUAGACUGCUUCACCACUCUCGACGGCCGAGCAGAAUUGGUUCAAGCAACGAAUGAAAACAUCCGGGAAUACCAAGAGGCUGUUGACCAGGUUCAGACUGAAGAGAUUGCCAACUUCACCUCGGCCUUGACUGUGGCCUUCGAAUUGUUGCACGAGGCCCGUUUGGACCCAGACAUUGGGUCCAAUUGUAACCAAGCCAUAAUGAUCGUUACAGACGGUGUGCCUUACAAAUAUGAAGAGAUCUUCCGCCUACAUAACAUGCCUCAUAAACCGGUCAGGAUGUUCACAUACCUGAUUGGUCGAGAGAUUUCAGAUUUGAAGGCUGCCAAUCACAUGGCUUGUCAAAACAGAGGUUAUUUUGCUCACGUGACCACUCUGGCCGAGGUCAAGGAGCAAGUGCUCAAAUAUGUUCCAGUUAUGGCCAGACCCAUGGUCAUGUACAGAGAGGAUCAUCCCAUUCAGUGGACGGGGGUUUAUGCCGAUGUUGAGGACCCCAAAACGAGCAGAUGGCUGUGGGACCUUCGAGAGCGAUCCAGACAAAAGAGUCGAACGGCCAAUUAUCGCAAGAUUAUGAAGAUGCAACAAGAAUCUGCUGACCCUCUAGCCAAAAUGGACGUGGAAGAGGACACGGCUGCAGCGCGGGAGGCAUUUGAGAAGCUGACUCGGUUGCCUUACAAGCAGCAAAUGGAGAACUUCUUGAGUUAUGGUCGAUGGGACUUAACAGAACGCGAUGUAGAGCGAUUGAAGAAGGACGAAGAGAUGAAACAACGGCUUAUUCGAGAGAUAACUGAGGCCAAGACCCAGAAGUGGACCAUUCCACCCAAGGACCUGUCUAUGGAUAUGGACGAAUCGGAAUUGCGCAAGAACAAAUUCAGUGGCUAUCGACUGAUGACUUCAGUCAGCAUCCCAGUUUUCGACAAAAAAAAUCACACGAACUACACAGAAAGUGUCCGGGUGUCUGACAAGAAGAAGGUUGACGUUGUCAAAAAGGUUCGCAUUGCAAGGCUUUUGGGCGUUUCUGGAACUGAUGUUCCCAUUCGAGAGAUCGAAAAACUUACCCCUCCUCACAAGCUUGGUGUCAAUGGAUACUCUUUUGCAGUCAACAAUAAUGGGUACAUCUUGUACCAUCCGGACUUAAGACCCAUGGUGUCCAGAACAGAACGGUUCCAAGAGAUUCUCAAGCCAAAUUACAACAGUGUGGAUUUGGCUGAGGUUGAGCUCGUGUUUGACCGGUUAGUGGAUGCCCAACCUAGGGCCAAUGAUUCCGAGUUAUUGGCGUUGGCGUUUGUCGGUAAUCGACAUUACGAAACUAAGAUGCGGCACGACAUGGUCAACCAAAUCAAAGGCCAAAGUUUCCUAACCGUCAAGCAACAUUUUGACGACAUGAAACGCGCCACAGUGAAAACCAUGGACUAUUUCUAUCAUCCAUUGGUGAAUACUCCAUUUUCCCUUGGGAUUGCGCUUCCACAAGAUUACGGAAAGUUCCGCGUGGAAGGCAAGAUUGAGGUUCCUCUGGCCAAAUUCAAUGUUUCAUCGCUCUUUGAGGACACAAAUUGGAGAGUCCAUCCGGAUUGGAUCUACUGCCAGUAUAAUUACGCUGGUGAUCAUAAUCGCGAGUUUAUUUCUCCUGAAGAUACUCUCAAGCACUUCUUGAUCAAGAUGCAAGAACCUAAUUGGUCAUGGGGCACACCAAGCGUUCGACCAUUGCCAAAAUGUACCAACACAGAGCACUUUGAUCCGAAUUGUGUGAAAUCUCAUGGCAUCGAUAAGAUGGAUAGAAACUCACAUGUUUGUGAGCGAGACUUGAUCAAUUCCCUGGUUUUCGACGCAGUCGUGACAAAAGAUUUUGAAAAACAACGUAGCCCACAUCAUGGACGUGGAGCUUUAUCAAUGAGAUUUGAUGGUUAUAUGAACGAUAUGCCCGCUGCCAACAACGGGUCAAAUGAAACCAAUGAGGAGAUAUUUACUACGACGACUAAACCAAUUGUAUUGGUUAAAGAGCCCGAAUAUUAUAGCCCUAGGAGACCGAAUAUGAGAAGAAAUAACUUUUAUCCUGAUUACUAUCCACAGGAUGAGCAGAAUGAAACAUACAAACGAGUUGGCAUUCAGUUGGCAUUCAUUGCAACGAGAUCCGGAUUGAUGAGGUUUGCAGAUCACUCUCAUCUUUUUGUGGAUCCAAAAGAGGAUGACCGAAACAAAGAGACACCCACUCUGAUCAAGGAACCGCACUUUUCGGAUAUCAAUAACAAAGCCACGGAGGAAACCUGGUAAAAGCGAGCUGUAGACUAUCACAAGGUCGACCCUAAAGCCUUCGUCUACUCGAUUCCAUUUGAUGUGGGAGAGAAAAGGACCAAGGUGACAGCCACACAUGCCAUUAUGGUGGGUCGAGGCAGUCAAAAGACCCCGGCAGCUGUGGCUGGAAUGCAAAUCGAUUAUGAGAUUUUCCGACAAAUGUUCUUCAACGAAACUCAAAAAUGUGUCUCAGGAACCAGGAAUUGCAAUAAAACGUGCGCUUCCGAGGAUCUGGAAUGCUAUGUGGUGGACAAUAACGGCUUUGUCAUCAUCUCAGAGGAUCCCGUGGAUACGGGCAAGUUCUUUGGCGAGGUUGAUGGCACCAUUCUCGAGAGUUUGAUCCAGCACAACAUCUAUCGGCCAAUUCGAAUCUACGAUUAUCAAGCGAUUUGCUUGGAACCCGAGGCAGAGGGUGGCAGUGCCAGCAUGCUUCUCACCCCUUUCAAAUUGGUUGCUUGGUUGAUGAACUACAUGAUUGGCCAAGUGGCUUGGACGAUCAUUCGCUUUGAGAUUCAUCACAUGUGGAAUCCGGAUUGGACCUACGCCUUUCCUCAAGGUGUGGGUGACGAGGAGUUUCCCCUGGAGUACGGGUACAAUGACGCCACAUAUUACGAUCCUAACUCCAAUUACCCCUAUGACAACCAAAACGACCCCUUGAUGGACGAGUUUUCCAUCAAGGACGGUGGUCCGAUUCCUUUGCUGCAGAUGACUUACAUCAACAAGACCACACCGAAGCCUUGCGAUAAGCAGGUCAUUCUUUAUGAACUAAAUGACGAGAAACUCUACAAGCCCAACAAGACUACCGGGAAGCCCGUCCCCGUCAAGGGCAAGCUAAGCAAUUGCCACGAGAGCGAUUGUGAAAGACCGUUCAGUGUUCAGCUCAUUCCCCACACGAAUUUGGUCCUAAUUGUGGCGGAUAAGCUCUGUCCAUGUUUUUCAACGAAAAUUUCCAUUGAACCUACGAAGGUUGAGUACGGUCCGGUGAAUGAGACAGCUUAUUGUGAGAGGUUGAAGUACAACAUCCAUAGGCGAAAGCCCACCCAUUGUUACAACUAUCAUCCAGAAGAAACUGAAAUCAAAUUGUGCGGCAAAGGGCAUGUCCACACUUUGUCCUGGGUUCUGGCCACCUUCGCAGCCUUGUUGUUACUUCAUUAAAAUGGACAGACGUGCUUCAACUCUUGAGUCCAAAUGCUGUGACACAACCAACCAAGAACAUAUCUGGUGAUUUCAAAAACACAACCAUAAAAGUGAACAAAAGGAGGUCAUCCUGACACCAAACAUGAAUGCCACAGGCGCCAUUGCAAUUCCUUUGCUUUCAGGCCAAUGUGCCUCGUUGAGGUGGGGCCGCUGAGCCCCUAAAGUCUCGUGCUCCCCAGAACCAAACUAUUCCACUUCUUGUCAACCAGUCCGGAUAAUGACAAGCCACUAACUUUCAAGUAACUCUGGCACAACUUUGAUUAUUCCCUUGGGCACUUCGCUUCCGUGAGAUUAAACCGGUUGAACCGUACCGAGUACCUAGGUUUGCGUUAACGUUCAGUGUUGCCACACAUCUAGCCACUUGUUUCAUAUUGGCGAUAUCUAAGCGGACCUCUUAAAAUUUGAACAAGCUCCUGCUCAAUGCAUGAAGUGAUUGUUUUGCUUUCCGGCCAUGUUUUUGUGAUUUGAAGACAAAAACUGGCUCACUUCAUCGCUGCUGUAAGGAUCGCUCUUUUCAGAUUCAGAGCUCCCCCAACAACAUGCAUUCAUUGCUCCACUUUGUAAUACAGAUCUGUGAGAAUCCAUGUCUUCCAAACAAAACUUAAGUAACUCUUUCUACCCCGAAAGAACUGUUCUUAUGCCAAUAAGAUCAGAACCUUAUAGGCAAUUAUCCAGAUGAAAAUAUUCAAAUCUAAUCACAAAGAUGUACGCGUAUUCACCCUCACCUAAUUAUUCAUUGUUACUUCAAAUCCAAGAGAUAUUUAAUUUGUUGAUUGCUGUUUUGCGUGUUGAAUGAAGAGACUCUGACUCUAUUUGCAAUCCUCCUCUGUCCACUGAUAUAUUACAUCAAUUUGGUCACACUUUGCCUUCCCAAGUAUCUUCUUUCAUUUGUGUCAUCUUGGAUCCAAGUUUCACUUCUAUCCAACUCGAUUUUUUUUUCAAUUUUCCUCGCUCAUUUCCUAGACUUCUUACUGAAAUACAUUGUCCACAAAUUCCUGCA